AAAACAAAGAGAAAAAACUGUAAGUUCCUCUUUAACCUUUCACUUUACACUCCUGAUUUAUGAAACAUCUUGUUUUUCAGAUGGAGCCCCAUUCACCUGGUGGAUUGGAAGAUCCAAUGAAAGGCACGACUACUGGGAAGGUUCUGUUCCUAGAGUUCAACAGUGCAGAUGUGUCCACAAGGAGAACUGCCUGGACAUUCGACCUUUUUGCAAUUGUGAUGCUGACAUAGGUGAAUGGGCAAAAGAAACUGGUUUUCUUUCCUUCAAAGAUCACUUGCCCGUAACUCAGAUAAUUACCACUGAUACCAACAGAUCAAAAUCAGAAGCUGCUUGGAAAAUUGGCCCUUUACGUUGCUAUGGUGACCGACAUUUCUGGAAUGCUGUCUCAUUUACCACUGAAGCUUCUUACCUCUACUUUCCUACAUUCCAAGCGGAAUUCAGCGCUGAUAUUUCCUUCUUUUUUAAGACCACUGCUUUAUCUGGAGUAUUUCUAGAAAACCUUGGCAUUAAAGACUUCCUCCGACUUGAAAUGAGCUCUCCUUCUGAGAUCACAUUCACCAUUGAUGUUGGGAAUGGCCCUGUGGAGCUCCUCGUCCAGUCUCCUUAUCCUCUGAAUGACAAUCAAUGGCAUUACAUCCGGGCUGAGAGAAACCUCAAGGAGACCUCCCUUCAGGUGGACAACCUUCCACAGAGCAUGAGAGAGGCCUCAGAGGAAGCCUAUUUCCGACUUCAUUUGACUAGCCAGUUGUUUGUAGGAGGAACAUCAUCAAGACAGAAAGGCUUUCUUGGAUGCAUGCGCUCUUUACACUUGAAUGGGCAGAACACAGACCUGAUAGAGAGGGCAAAGUUAAUGUCUGGAGUCACACCUGGCUGUCUAGGUCACUGCAGUAGCUAUGGCAGCAACUGCCACAAUGGGGGCAAGUGUGUGGAGAAACAAAGUGGCUAUUCCUGUGACUGCACCAACUCACCAAAUGAAGGACCUUUCUGCCAGAAAGAAAUUUCAGCUCUUUUUAAUUCUGGCACCUCUGUAACAUACAUGUUUCAAGAACCUUACCUGGUGAUUAAGAACACAAGUCUCUUAUCUUCACCUAUCUACGCAGAUAAUGCUCCAUCCAAGGAAACCAUCAUGCUGAAUUUCUUGACAACACAAGCCCCCACCAUCUUACUCUACCUCAAUUUCUCUUCUCAGAACUUUCUGGCUAUCUUACUUUCCAGAAAUGGUGAGUGUUUGUGGCAUGAAACCAUAAGACCAGACUUGCAUAGAGGGACAAUUCAUGUUCUGUAGUACUGUGCAAAGAUGUAUACGUGGGAAGCUUCAGUCUAACCUUCCUCCCACUACACAAUUAUUAGCCAUAAUUACU